AUGUCCUCCACCAACGAGAAAUUCCCAACAAACGUUACCCCAAAAUACAUUCCUUUCGACAAGGACCAUGAAGGUAUUUUGCUGAAUGGCGACCCCAAGCCAUUGGACUUGGCCAAGGAGUUCAAGGACUCUACUGUGAUUGUGACCGCCAUCCCAGGUUCAUUCACCAAGGUUUGUUCAACCAAACACAUUCCAGCCUACAUUGAGCACAUUAAGCAGUUUAAGGAGAAAGGUGUCAAGAACAUCAUUGUCUUUGCCGUAAAUGACCCUUUUGUGCAAGCCUCAUUUGGUAAGGCUUUGGGUUACAAGGACCCUGAAAACUUUAUCAUCUUUGCCACUGACCCAGACGGAAAGAUUUCCCAAGAAUUGGGAGAAGACUAUGUCUUGGACUUGAGCAAGGCAGGCAUGGGAUUAAGAUUAGAGAGAUAUGCUGCAAUCGUUGUUGAUGGUUACAUCAAGUACUUGGCCAGCGAGCAAGAGGGAAAUUUCACCGACGUCUCUAGCCCAGAGAACUUGCUCAAGAGAUUGCCUAAUGUAUAG